AUCAGAUCCAGCGACCACACUGCCUGUCCUCUACAAACCAGCAGUUGGGCAAAUCUGAGCAAGGAAGUGUGAGAGGGUGACCUGAGGCCGAGUGCUUGAGCCACCUGCACUAGUGAGGCAUGCAAGAGUGGCCACAGGCAUUCUACAGGUCAAGCUAUCUCUGAACCAUGAGUUCACACCAGCAGACGCAGCCCUGCACAGCUCCUCCCCAACUGCAUGAGCAGCAAGUGAAACAGCCUUGCCAGCCACCACCUCAGGAGCCAUGUGUCUCCCAAAUCAAGGAGCCCUGCCACCCCAAGGCUCCUGAGCCCUGCCACCCCAAGGCUCCUGAGCCCUGCCUCCCCAAGGCUCCUGAGCCCUGCCACCCCAAGGCUCCUGAGCCCUGCCUCCCCAAAGCUCCUGAGCCCUGCCACCCCAAGGCUCCUGAGCCCUGCCUCCCCAAGGCUCCUGAGCCCUGCCUCCCCAAGGCUCCUGAACCCUGCCCCUCAACUGUCAUUCCAGUACUAGCCCAACAGAAGACAAAGCAAAAGUAAUGAAGUCCAAAGCCAUGCCUUGGGGAGCUGAUCACCGGAUGGAUGCCGAACCUGAAUUUUCAUUCUGUUUGAGCAUACUAUGCCUUUACAUCACGGUCCCACCUCUCAGUUAUACCUUAAAAUUAAGUACUACAAAGUUUUCCUUUUUUAACUUAUAAAUGUGGGGCCUCUGCAUUCAAUCCAGGACUUGGUGGCUGAGCUAGUUUGUCUCCUCAGAAUUCUUCUAAAGAGGGAUGGAGUAACAAGUUAUUAUGUUCCUAUUAAAUCUCCUUCCAUUCCUGACUGUA